AUGAAUAUGAUGUUCAGUGGUCCCACCAAUGAGAAUUGGAGUGAAUUUCACUCCAAAUACGGCAAUGGCCCCGAUCGCGACCGUCGUUCCAUGAUGCAAUCGACCUUGUCGGCCAUGGGAUCUUCUUGUCGCAGUUUGAUUGACUCUGGUUCCAAUCAUGCUACUAAGAGAGACAGCGAUGGCAGUAUGGCUCGAUCUCCGCCUCCCCAAAGAGGCGUUCUGCCUCGAGCAGCAUCUGCGCGAGUCUUGAUGGUCCAGGGCAAUAAGGCAGGAGUAGCACGCUCUAGCAGUGGUUCCUUGCUAGCACUACGAGGAGCUCUAGUAGGUACUAGUAGACAAAAGAGUCAGAGUUUGCUGGGUGGUACUGGAAGCAGCCAUGGUCAUGGAGCCCCACAGAAACCAAGACGGUCCAGAAGUCCCAUGCCAGACAAACGAAGAUCCAAAAGUCCCAUGAGACAAAGGGCUGAUCUGCUAGAACAACAGCAGUCCUAA